GGUUCUUGUUUCCCCUGCAGACACGCAGCCCGUCCUCAGUUGCUAAGUAACCUCUGCAGGGGGCGGCUGCUGGAUGCUGACAGUUUAGCCGCAGUGAAGCGAGCCGCUCGGCUUCAGACGCAUAACUGAACGGGCUUUGACCAGAAGGAGGAUGGACGAGGGCAUCGAGCUGUCUCUGACCAUCGCUCAGAUCAUCCAGCGGCUCAGAGGAAGCCAUUUACACUCUCAGAUAGAGAGGCAAGCCAAAGAGUGUUUACACCAGCCUGACGUAAAACUGGAGUCUCUAAAAGAGGACGUCCGCAGUUUUCUCAAAACAUCAGGCUGGGAAAGAAAGCUGCAGAAUGCAGUGUACCGAGAGCUGCACAUCCAGCUGCCCCCGAGGCAUCCCCCGGCUCCCCCGGAGCAUCUCAAAGAGCCGCUGGUCUACAUGCGCAAGGCACAGGCCAGCUGGGAGAAGCGUGUCCUCAAAAGCCUGAACAGCAUGAGCACAGAGCUUGGAGUGCCUCUGGCUCACAUGAGGCCCGCGGCGGAGCAGAAGGAGCUCACCAACAAAUGGAACGAGAUGGGCACAGAUGAACCAGAUUUGAGUCGCUUCAGGCCUGUCUAUGCUCCGAAAGACUUUCUGGAAGUCCUAAUCGGUUUGCGGAACCCCAACCACGAUAGCAGCGAGGACAUCAGCGUCAGGAGUCACUGGGGACUCAUCCAGGUUCCUCUCAAUGUCAGGGACAUCCCACACCUGCGAGAGGCCUACUCAGAGCUGAACCUGACCAGUGGACAGAUGGGGAUUGAUGACCACGCACUCAUCCAUCCAGACUUGUUUGAAAACGAGUAUGUGCAAAUCGGAAAAAAAGUGGUUAUGGAGGAGGAUAGCGCAGCAGCACAGCAGUACAGCAGGCAGGGCUGCCCCACCGGGCUCCGGGCAGACCUGUGGGCCCUCAUCCUUAACGCCACGAACCAGCCACAGGAUGUGAUGCAUUAUGAACAGUUAAAGGCAGGAGUCAUACAGCACAACCUGCUGGUGGACAACCUUAUCUAUAAGGAUGUGAAGCUCACCGCCAGUAAUGACGACUACUACUUUGUGUUUGAAGAUUUCCUCUAUCAGGUGUUGUUGUGUUUCUCCCGUGACACGGCCGUCCUGGAGCACUUCAAAUACAACAGUGCCACACCUCCCAAGUCAUACAUCCAAGGGAAAGUGGGAGAUGAGGAGUGUGCUGUUGUUUAUCCUCCCAACGGUGUGAUUCCUUUUCAUGGCUUUUCAAUGUAUGUUGCGCCUUUGUGUUUCUUGUACAAUGAGCCUUCCAAACUGUACAACGUAUUCAGGGAAAUGUACAUCCGAUACUUCUUCAGACUGCACUCCAUUUCCUCCCACCCCUCGGGUAUACUGUCUUUGUGCCUGCAGUUCGAGCGGCUGCUUCAGACCCACCUGCCGCAGCUCUUCUACCACCUGCGACAGAUUGGGGUGCAGCCGUUGCGUCUAGCCUUUAAGUGGAUGGUACGGGCCUUUUCUGGCUACCUUUCCACCGAUCAGCUGCUUCUUCUUUGGGAUCGAAUCCUUGGAUAUGAUUCACUGGAGGUAGUUGCAGUUCUAGCAGCUGCUGUGUUUGCCUUCCGAGCCGAGAACCUGAUGGAAGUGACGUCGCUGGCUUCAGCCGAGGCUGUCCUCGCUGACCUUUCAACUCUGAAGGUCAUGCCGCUCAUCCAGGUCUUUCUGUUUGCCACGGCCAUGUGAGGAACGCUGACACGGCAGCACGGGCCGUGUUACACGCAUACCAUCGCCGGGAGGGAUAAAGUGCCACUUAGCUACUACGCCACACCCGCACCGACAUGAUUAACGGUCCGAUAAACAGACGGUUCAAUUCCACACCGCAUCUCGCACCGCAUCCCAAGGAGAAAGUCGAAGCCACCUUUAGCACAUAAACUGUAAAUAUCGUGUUAUGAGAUGCUGUACAGUAUAUAAGCAUAGACUACAAACUAGUAAAAGGCUAAGCUGGCCUCCUUAAGCCAUAUGCUCUGCAGGGAAGAAGACACGCACACACUCGCAGGCAGCAGCGGUUGGAUCAGCUCAUUAGUAGACGUGUUGCACGAAGCAGCGAUUGUAUUGCGAGAGAGAAUAACAGUAACGUCUCCAAGCUUGGCUAAUGAAACGUUAAUUAGCGCAUGCAAUUUAUUCCGCUCUGUGGCUCCUGCUUGUUACGACGCUAUUAAAUAAUGCCGAUGCAGAUGAACGAGGAGACCGGGACGCCCCCAGUCUGCACCAGCAUGUUGAAAGAAAGCUACAAACUGAAUUACGCUGUUGCUCAUAUAUACAGUAAUUAGAAGCUGCUGCGUACGUACAUGGUUUAUUGUAUAAGGAAGGAAAUGCAAAUCACUGCACCCUUAAGAGACGUUUAGCGCCUUCAGUGCCAGUAUUUAAUUUACACCAUUGUCUGUGCUUUAUUAUUGUAUUUAAAUUUUAAAUAAUGUAUUUAAUUCCUGAAUGUAUUCAAUUAUUUAUGCAGUUUUUUUUUUAAUUCAGUCAAAUCCAUUUUUGUCUGUACUUGGGUCAAAGUAUUCUCUGCCAGUCAGUGUCAAGAUCGUGUUUUUGGUGGUUUUUCUGCACCAGUUUUCAAAUAAAAUCUAAUUUUGGUGAGUUUCUUCCUCUGUGAUCCUGUAAAGUCGUGAAUUAUGUCGACCUCUGUGGGGUUCCUGCUUCUUUGGGACCAGUUAUUUGGACAUGCCGUACUGUAAUCUGGACUCUCACCAUAAGUCAUUUGCAGAGAGGGCAGAAUGGGAAAGUGACCAGGAAGCAGCACCGAGGGACCCGGUUGCUCUCCCUCCUCCUACAUGCGGCAUCUGCUCCAUUUCUCCUUGGUCGCUGGCUACUCUCCUCCCCUCUCCCUCCCUCCGCAGGCUCGUAUCGAAUUAUGCUGUUCUUCUCUUUCGUCUGCUGCUCUCCGCUGCAUCUGCCACCUGUUUACUAGGACUCCCACGGCUCACUCUUUUAUCAGCCGUUACACCUCCUUUGGCCUCCUGCAAGUCUGUUACUCUUGACGAGCAUCACCUGCUGCUGUAGCUCGCUCACGCAGCAGUUCCUCCUGGUGGCUGAAGUGUUUCAUUGCAGGGCGGCGUGCCUUGUGUCCGUCAACACCGAGGCUGGCCGCCGCUGAAAGAUUUCUUGUUGAGAGCCGUAUCAAGUACAGUGGGCUUAAUAAGUGUUUGGACAGCAGCAUGAAUUGGCUCUGUGCUCUUGUUACUGCUGAUAUGAAAUGACUAAACAUUUAUGGGGUUAGAGUUUUAGGCCAUGGCCGCUAAAACAGCCUGCCUUACAUUCCACUGUGCUAGACCGCUUGGAUUACAAUUCCAUACAAUAAAAAUCUUAUUUAUAAGCCUGAUGGAAGGUAAAAUGCAUGUCACAGUUUUCUGACAACAAAAAGAGGAAUGAGCGUAAAAUCAACCAGCAAUGAAAGCGUAUGAUAUGCAGAAGCAUGUCAUUCUGAGUAAAUGUGGAAAUAGUAUACUGGGAAAAAUAACAUGGAAUAAUAAAGGUCUAAUCUUUUGUUACAAUCCAUCUUUUGCGACAGAUAAAGUUUUUUAUGAGUGCUCGCUUUCACCAGCCAGGUUUUUGGGUGAAAAUACUCGUGAAUAAGACGGGGUUUUGUUCUCAGCAUAUCUAUACCCAUACAUCUCCAAAAACGAUUUAAACUCCCCAGGAGUGGCCGGCCAGCCAGAACACAGAACGGCAUCUAAAGAACUGCAGGCCUCGCUUGCCUCAGUUAAGUUCAGAGUUCAUGAUUCAUCAAUAAGAAAGAGACUGGGCAAAAAUGGCAUCUAUGGGAGAGAAUCAAGGGGGAAACCAUUGCUGACCACAAAGGCUCAUCUCACAUUUACCAAAAAACAUCUUGAUGAUCUCAGAGACUUUUGGGGAAAUAUUCUGUGGACUGAUGAGACAAAAGUUAAAUUUUUAGAAAGUCUGGGUCCUGUUACAUCUAGCACAGAACUAGCGCAGCAUUUCAUUAAAAGAACAUAACACCCUAACAGUUAAACAUGGUGGUAAUGUGAUGGUCUAGACCUGCUUUGUUGCUUCAUGUCAGCUUGUAGUUCUUACUGCCAAGUUUAAGGGUAAUUACUUUUUCACACAAAGCUGGGUAGGUUUGGAUAAUUUUCCUUUAA